UAACGACUUCUCUCAUCUGGAAUCUUGAAAAUCUUAGUCAAGAACAAAUCCAGAGCUCUCAGAGAGACACCGGUAGAGUGGACUGAGCGUCAGGAGAGCUUUCACAUGAAUAUCUGCCUUUCUGGGAAGGCGUGAAAGGUCAUAUUGGCUCAGCAUGUGAGGACUGCUGUCCUCUCCGAGGGUGUGAGGCUUUAUCUCCACAUUUCAUCUCCACUCUGAAGACACCAGUCUCACGCAACUGCGUUGGAGAAUGUAGUUUACUGUUUAUAGUGAUUUUGCAGACUCUGCAAAGAAGCCGUAGAGCAGCAGGAUGAAGUCUCAGGGUGUGAGGACGGAGGACGUGUACCAGACGCUCCACCAGCCUCCUUCAGUGAAAAACCCAAAACACAAGCCAGUGAAAAGCAGCAGGGCACCUACGCUGGGCAGGAUCGAGAUGUCUGAGAGUGUGAAGACGGAGGACGUGUACCAGACGCUCCACCAGCCUCCUCCAGUGAAGAACCCAAACCCAGCACACGGGUCACCGCAGAGCAGCAGGCUAAUCACGAUACUGCUGAUCUUCAACUCUGUGCUGCUGAUCAUUAUACUGGCACUGACUGGAACCUUCAUUGCAAAAGACCACCAAAAUGCUGAAGUGAGUGGAUCGCAAACCUCUGGCGAGGAAGCCAACAAACCAAGAAACAUCACAGGCCUGGUAUCGGAUGAGAAUAAAGAGGCGUGGCUUCACCAUGAUGAUUCCUUCUACCUCAUCUGGGAGGCAGAGGGGAACUGCACUGAAGCAGCGAAGUUCUGCAAAGCGAAAGGAUCCCACAUCAGACUCGCUGUUCUGACACAGAGGAACCAGGACUGGCUGAUAACUCAGACUAAAGGGAGGAGGCUGCUGGUUGCAGAGGAUGAAUGUUUGACUAGUUGUAAACUGAUCGAUGAUCCAAAGCUCUUGGAGAUGCCUUCCAACCCCGGAGAAGAGCAGGGCUGGGUGUGUGAACACAUGCUGUGGGCGUCUUCAAUGCUUGGAGUACGUAGAUUGUCUGGAAUACCUGGGCUGCCUGGAGCACGUGGGCUGCCUGGAUCACCUGGACCAUCUGGACCACCUGGACCAUCUGGACCACCUGGACCAUCUGGACCACCUGGACCACCUGGACCACCUGGAUCAAACGCAGCUCCACCUUAUGUGUGGUCUUACAGGGCACUCGUGUUAGUGGAACUGGAGACCAGCAGGAUGGACAGGUCUGAGAAUAUGACGGAGGACGUGUACGAGACACUCCAGUACUCUCCUUCAGUGAAGAACCCAAACCCAAACCCAACACACGGAUCACAGUGGAGCAGCAGGCUAAUCCUGAUACUGCUGAUCUUCAACACUCUGUUCCUGGUCAUUAUGCUGAUACUGAUCGGACUCUUCAGGCCAGUAUUAGAUGAGAAAAAGGAGGCGUGGCUUCUCUAUGACGAUUCAUUCUACUUGAUCUGGGAGGCGGAGGGGAAAUGCACUGACGCAGCGACGUUCUGCAGUGCAAAAGGAGCCAACAUCAGACUUGCUGUUGUAACAGGGAGGAACCGGGUCUGGCUGGUGACUCAGGCUAAGAAGAAGAAGCUGCUGGUUGCAGAGGAUGACAGUUUGUCCAGGUGUAAGCUGGUCGGUGAUCCGGUGCGCUUGGAGACGCCUUUCAUCCAAGGAGAAGAGCAAGGCUGGGUGUGUGAACAUUACCACAGACAAGAGGGGAGUAAUAUACAAGGACCACCAGGAGCACCGGGGCUGCCGGGACCACCUGGACCACAUGGACAAAAUGGACUACCUGGACUACCUGGACCACGUGGACUACCUGGACUACCUGGACUACCUGGACCACCUGGACCAGUCUUGGAUCACGUGUGGUUGGCGUUGCUGUUAAAUCAUGCCAAAUCAGCAGACGGCACCACGGAGGAAUGGAAGAUAACACAGAACUCCAUCAGUGACAGGUUCUGUGGGUUCUCACCGUGUGCUGGGUUUGGGUUCUUCACUGGAGGAGGCUGGUGGAGCGUCUGGUACACGUCCUCCGUCUUCACACACUCAGACAUCUCCAUCUUGCCCAGCGUAGGUGCCCUGCUGCUCCUCACUGGCUCUGUUCUGUGGGUUCUCACCGUGUGCUGGGUUUGGGUUCUUCACUGGAGGAGGCUGGUGGAGCAUCUGGAUGACAGUUUGUCCAGGUGUAAGAUGAUUGGUGAUCCGGUGCGCUUGGAGACGCCUUUCAUCCAAGGAGAAGAGCAAGGCUGGGUGUGUGAACAACAUAACAGACUUGGGUAUUUACAAGGGUCACCUGGACUACCUGGACCACCUGGACGAGAUGGAAUAUCUGGAUUGCAGGGACCAAUUGGGCCACCUGGACCACCUGGAUGA